AUGUUUGGCAAGUCGGCAUCCAAGAAGAUUCCCUCUAAAGCUGACUCUUCGGCAAAACCAGGCAAGCUUGCAGCCUUGCGCGCCAAGUUCCAAAACUUCAGUCUUGAUCCGGAUACCGUAUUCAAAAAGAAGAGACCACCACCGGCUCCUCGCUCCGUCUACUUCAAUGAGCCCCUUCCACAAGAGGCCUUUGAUGCAAAGGGGCAUCCCCAAUACCCCUACCUCUUCGCCAGCAACCAAGUCUUGACCGCCAAAUAUACCAUCUACAACUUUGUCUUCAAGAACUUGCUUGAACAGUUCCGUCGUGUUGCCAACCUCUUCUUUUUGCUUAUCGUUAUUCUUCAGUUCUUCCCUCAAUUCACUACAAUCAACCCAGGCGUCUCCAUGCUGCCCUUGCUUGCCGUUUUGGCCAUCACCAUGGCCAAGGACGGCUACGAGGACAUCAAGCGUCAUCAAUCCGAUCGUCACAUCAACCGUCUCAGGGUCAAGACACUUACAGGUGGUGGCUGGCAAAAUCCCAAUGUGAUGGAAGCCAAGGCUAGAAGCUUCUCUGCCCUUUUCCGCUCGGUCAAGUCCAAGUUCCUCGGCGGCAAGAAGAAGCAGUCCGCUCAGCUCCAGCAGCAGAUGGCUGUCAAGGCCGAAGCAGCUGCUGAGGAAGGUCAUGCCCACCAUCCCACCUCACCCAUGUCUCCUCCUGCCGAUGCUCCUGGCGGAGGAGGCACCACCGAUGCAGCUGCCAAUCUCCCUGUCCCAGGCCAAGCCAAUCUGCCCGGCCGCGUUUCGCAUCAGCUUCCUCGACGCAGCACCACACGCCACAGUCAAUUCGAAUCUGAGUACGAGCAACUUGACGACGGUCGCAUCAAGCACCAGGGUCGCAUUCUCAAUGCAGACGAAGAAAACGUCUUCUUCCAGAAGAAGCCACCGUGCUGGAAGCAAAAGAUCUGGGAGGACCUAGCCGUCGGCGAUUUCGUCUACCUCGCUAACAACGAGGCCAUCCCUGCGGACAUCAUCAUUUGCGCUACCAGUGAGGAAGAAGACAGCUGUUUCAUCGAGACCAAGAAUCUCGACGGUGAGACCAACCUCAAGGCCCGUCACGCCGUUCCCGAGCUCACUUGCCUACGCACACCCGAAGACUGUGCUCGAGCCUCGCUCCGCAUCGAUGCCGAACCUCAGGACACCAACAUGUACCGUCUCAACGCCAGUGUCGUUCUCAACGAUCGUUUCGACAAGAACGGCGAUCCACUUCAGUGUCCCGUCACCCUCAACCAGAUCUUGCUCCGUGGAUGCAACAUCCGCAAUACCAAGUGGAUUGUCGGAGUCGUACUCAUGACCGGUUGGGACACCAAGAUCAUCGCCAACUCUGGUGUCACACCAAGCAAGCGUUCCAUGGUUGAAAAGCAGAUGAAUCCAAUGGUUUACUUCAACCUGGUCGUUCUUGCUUGCGUUUCCGUGGCUUGUGCCAUUGCCGACUCGUUGCUAGAGCAGUACUACUUUGACCGUACCGCUUACUGGCAGUAUGGAGCCGUUCACAGCGACGACAAUCCGCGUAUCAACGGUCUCGUCGCAUUUGCCAACUCGCUCAUCACCUUCCAGAACAUCGUUCCUAUCUCGCUCUACAUCUCCUUCGAGUUCGUCCGUCUCGCUCAAGCCUACUUCAUUUACGACGACUACGACAUCUGGUACCAGAAGACUAAUCGCCGCACCACUGCCAAGUCAUGGAACUUGUCCGACGACCUCGGUCAGAUCGAGUACAUCUUCAGUGACAAGACCGGUACUUUGACGCAGAACGUUAUGAUCUUCCGCGAAUGUGCAGUCUCAGGCAUUAUCUAUCACGGUGAAGCCUCGUCGCCUCAAGUUGGCACUUCCGACAGCACAGCGACGCAGUUACCCGCCGAGGAGGACGGCUACUCGAGCAACGAUGGAUCUGCUGGAUCUCGCACCGGAUCCUAUCAUGGACAUAGCUCUAGCAAGGUCCGCGUCAAGCCCGUCAACCCGGAUGUUCCACCAUUCAGCGACCAGAGUCUCUCUGAGGCUUUGCGCGACACUGACUCGGAGCAUAACAGGCACCUCACCAACUUCUUCCGCUGUCUUGCCCUCUGCCACACUGUGCUUGUCGAGAAUCUCGAGGAGGGCUGUAUCGAAUACCAGGCCCAGAGUCCCGAUGAGCAAGCCCUUGUACAGGCCGCUGCCGAUGCUGGCUUCAUCUUCCUCGGAAAAGAACGUCAAACGCUCCGCAUCCUUACACCUUUCUCGAAGGAGCCUGAGGUUUACGAGCUCCUCACGGUCAACGAGUUCUCGUCUGCACGCAAGAGGAUGAGUGUUAUCGUACGUCGCGAAUCCGAUGGACAAGUGCUCAUGCUUGCUAAGGGUGCCGAUAGCAUCAUGUUUGAGCGCGCCCGAGCUGGUCAGGAGGAGAUCAAGGAACAGACCGAUGCUGCUUUGGAAGAGUUCGCCAACAAGGGUCUCCGAACGCUUUGUCUCGGUGGUAAAGAGCUCACCCACGAGUACUACGAGGACUGGUCGCAUCACUUCCACAACGCCUCGGUUUCCAUUCAGGAUCGUGAGGAGAAGAUGGAAGAGCUGGCUGGCGAGCUCGAACGCGAUUUCGACCUGUACGGCGCUACUGCCAUCGAGGACAAGCUGCAAGACGGUGUCCCCGAGACCAUCGCUGAUCUCAAGCGCGCCGGCAUCAACGUCUGGGUUGCUACAGGUGAUAAGCUCGAGACUGCGAUUGCUAUUGGAUACUCGACUAUGCUCUUGACCGAGGACAUGAACCUCGUUGUCGUGCGUGGAGGUGAAUACGGUCAGCCCAACUCAGCCUACGAGCAGCUUCGAAAGGCCGUCGUCCGCUUCUUUGGCGGACCCGAAGUCCUCAGGGAGAUGGAUCACCAGCCUCCCGGUGGCGAGUCUGAGAGCCGUCGUUCUUCCUUAAUGUCGCGCAGGCCUUCUCUCAACAGGAAUCGCCGCAGCAGUGUUAGUCAGGUCUCACUUGUCGGCGAGGACAAUGGACAGCGCACAGGAGGUUUCGCACUUGUCAUCGACGGUACAGCACUCGGACAUGCGCUCAGCGAAGAAUUCAGCAAGGACUUGCUGCUUCGUAUUUCUACGCAGUGCAAGGCUGUCAUUUGUUGUCGUGUAUCCCCAUUGCAGAAGGCUCUCAUCGUUCAACUCAUCAAGGAUGGUCUCGGAGUCAUGACCUUGGCCAUUGGUGACGGUGCCAAUGACGUCAGUAUGAUUCAAGCAGCCCACGUCGGUGUUGGUAUUGCUGGUGAGGAAGGUCUUCAAGCUGUCAACUCGUCCGAUUACGCCAUUGCCCAGUUCCGCUUCCUCAAGAGGUUGGUGCUCGUCCACGGACACUGGUCGUACUACCGCAAUUCCGUCAUGAUCACCAACUUCUUCUACAAGCAGUUCAUCCAGGUCGGCACGCUCUUCUGGUUCCAGAUCUACUGUGCUUGGUCUACCACACAGGCCAUCGACUACGUCUACAUCUUGCUCUGGAACGCCGUUUGGACCGUACUUGCGGUCAUCUUUGUCGGUAUCUUUGAUCGCAACAUCAACGACAAGGUGCUCAUGCAAGUACCUGAGCUCUAUCACCAGUCGCGCAAGGGCGCUUAUUUCGGUCUCAAGCCAUUUAUCGUCUACUUCUUAGACGGCAUUUACCAAUCGGUGAUACUGUUCUUCUUCUUUGCCUACACUUACAACACGACGACGCCACGCAGUGAUGGAUACGACAUCAACUUGUACGAGUGGACGACGGGAAUGGCGAUCGCCUCGGUGUUUGUUGCUAACUUGUUCGUCGGACUCAACACGCGCGCUUGGAACUGGUUCAUCGUUGUGGGUAUCUGGGCAGGCACGGUUGUCAUGUUCUGCUUUGCACCCAUCUACGCUGCAUUCUCUUCGACCUACUCGUACGGCAACAACUCAUUCCUCUACCCUUCGAUCCAAUUCUGGGUUCUCGGUUUCCUCACUUGCUUCUUGUGUCUCUUGCCACGCUUGUUGGCCAAGUGCUUCCGCCAGUCGUACUACCCAACGGAUGUCGACAUCCUGCGAUACGUCGACAAGCAGGACAACGACCACGACUUUACUCGUGACCCUGCCAUUCCUCACGCACAUGAUGAUGGCACGUAUGCCGACACCAGCGUUGGCCGCACGAGCAUGACACAUCACACCUUUGCGCCGCUCGUACGUGCAGCCACCUCGCAGUCUCGUCUGGAGAACAAUGCCAACACAUCUGCAUCAGCGGGCGGUGUGCAGAUGCACGAGCUCGGUCGAACCGCUUCUCGUGCCAGCAGCACACAUUACGACAUGCUUACAGGCGAGGCAAGACCCAACCGUGGCUACACCUACUCGUCGGACGAGCCCGCAGCUGGCAAGAAGAAGACGGUCAAGGACCGUCUCGUGCCUGACUUGUUCAAAAAGAGCUUGCGCAAGAAGGAACAGCGUAAGCGUUUGACGAUGGUCAACCAGGAAGAGGACGAGGCGGUUGACGAGCACGGUGUGCACGGCGCCACUAUAUCAUAA